UGGCAAAGAAUAACCGCCUCAAAAACCACAAAAUACGCCAUAAUACUAUCGAUAUUUCAAACCUUCUUUAUCGUAGCUUUCCAAAUGAAACUUUUGGCACGCAAUGUAAAUCUUGAAUUAUCUCCAAAUCCAUAUACUAAAGAUUUUCAAAAGUCAAAUAAUGAAUGUUACAAUGAGCUCAUAAGUUAUUUUGGUGGAAUUCCGAUAGAGUUUUUAGCAGGAAAUAACGUCAUUUUUAUCGUAUUUCAUAUUUGGCAGCUUUACUUAUUUUUCAAUGCGGUAUUUCACGAACAUUCCAUUCAAAUAGCGACCAUCUGUUUAUUUAAUUUUGGAUGGCUUUUUUUUGGACUUGUCCAAGGCCUAGAACUAAAAUUCCCUUUAAACCAGUUACAUGGUAUUACACAAUGUGCAGGGAAAACUGAUUUUGAUCCUUCAUUUUGGACAAAUGAUAUUCCAUUUCUUUGCAUACUCUCAGUACUAUAUGAAUGGAAACCCGGAAUGAUGACAUUUGCAAUAUUAUGGUUAUAUAUUAUAAUCGCUGUUGCAUUUGAUUUGAUUAAUAAUGUUUCACGUACGAUCUUAAAUUUUGAAUAUGAAUUUAAUCAAUGGGAUUAUUUAUUCCUUGCUGUUAUUCCAUCAACUUUAUUUUGGCUUGGAAUAUGUGUUGGGACAUAUGUUUACGGAAUCCUUGUUUUAAGAAAUUUCGGAAAAGGUCUAAAAGAAUUAUUGAGCAAAUCAAAUGAUCACGAGGAACCAAAUAAUGAUAUUUGUAUUAAUAUGGAAGUAAAUACACCUACAAGUGUAAAGUGGACCAUCGAUGACUAA